AUGAGAUUUUUACUGGUUAUUAUUUUCGUGAUUUUUUCAAAUGUUCAGAAUUUGCCGUUGGUGAGGAAUGGUGUAGUUUGGCCGAAUUGUGAGUUUUGAAUUUUUUGUUAUGACGUGGCAAAUUCUGACAUUGUUCAGAAGGAUUUGAGAAGGAUUUCCGAAUUUUCAAAAAAAUUAUUUCGAAUUCUGAAAAGUGUUAUGACGUGGCAAACUUCCAGAGCCUUUAAUCCGAAUUCUGAUUUGACAACAUUGUUCAGAAGGUUCGGAAUAGUAAUUUCCAAAUUUUCAAAAAAAAUUAGUUCAACUUCUGAACAAUGUUAUGACGUGGCAAACAUCCAGAACCUUCAAUUUGAUUUUUGAUUUCAAAACAUUGUUCAGAAGGUUCGGAAUAGUAAUUUCAGAUUUUGAAAAUUUUAACACUCGACUUCUGAACAUUGUUAUGACGUGGCAAAGUUCCUGAACCUUGAAUUGAAAUUCUGAUUUUAUAACAUUGUGCAGAAGGUUCGGAAUAGUAACUUCCAUUCAAUUUCUAAACCUGAAAAUGAAAAACUCCUGAAGAUGCCACGUCACAACUUUAUUUCGCUACAAAAAUCUAAAUUUUCCAGUUGAUGUGUUAUACUGUAGCAAUCCGGACAUCCGAUCAGUCGUAGUUGAUCUUCUCUCAAAUAGCACUGAUCCGAAUUCAGUUGCAGUGGAUGAACUUCAAUCAGAUAUUGAGGUAACUUAGAUAGGUUAAAGUCAGAGGCUUCGUGGGUGGUCUUCGUCAACCGGGAAUAGCUGUCUGACCGCCUUUAAACCAAAUAUUUCCAGAAAAAAAUCAGCAAGUCAAUGUUUUUUCAGACAGCUCUUCGACCCGUCUUCCAAGCCUCCGGUGGAACUUGGCUAGUUAGCGUAAAUUCGUAUCACCGGGUGAAUGGUUAUGUCGAUGAUCGUGCUGGCAAUAUGAAAACCUUCUGUGCAAUUAAUGAUCUUCAAUUAUAUAUUUAUGUGGUUGUGACCAAAGUGCAAUGA